AUGCCUGCUUUCGAAGACUCGAGCUUUGGCGUCGACGCCAAGUCGUCAGAGGCACAACUCGCCCACCUCCAGAAAGUUGUCGGCAAUGGCUCUUCAAACAGGUUUCCCGAAUCUCUCUCCGUUCCGUCAGAGAGCGGGUCAACGAACGGCUAUGGCACUGCCAACACUAUCGAAGUGCCCGCCUCGAGAUCCUCCAUCGCGGAGAGCGAGGCCCUGAUGCAUUCUCUGAGCAAGGCCCCAUCUCAAAGAGACCACAGGCAGUCUCGAAACAGCUUUGGAGCUUCAUUGCCAAUCCCAAGAUCCAAGCGUCAAUCGCGGCUCUCCACUGUAUCAACCGCAGAUGGCAAGCCAACUAGACCUGGGAUGCCCGUUGUCCAGCCAAGCCGCCACAUCCUCUCGAGCCAAGUCCAGGACAUGUUCGCGGCCAAAACCGCCGCAGCAAAGAACAUGGCCUUCGCCUUUGACAUUGAUGGUGUUCUCGUCCACGGUGAUCGUCUGAUCAAGGAGGGCCAGCAAGCCCUCGAGAUCUUGAACGGCCACAACGAGCUCGGCAUCAAGUUCCCACACAUCUUCCUCACCAACGGGUCUGGCAAAGUGGAAGACGCCCGAUGUGCGCAACUCUCCAAAAUCCUUCAGAACCCCGUGUCUACGGAGCAAUUCAUCCAAUCUCACACCCCCAUGUCCGCCUUGGCCGAGUACUACGAUACGGUCCUCGUCGUAGGAGGCGAGAACUACCAGUGCCGAGAAGUCGCCAAGCUGUACGGCUUCAAGAACAUCGUCGUCCCCAACGACAUCUACGCAUCUGACGAGACCAUCGCACCUCUCCGGGAGCACUUCACCCCCGAGCAGCGCAGCACCUCGUCCCCCCGGGAUUUCAGCAAGGUGAAGAUCAACGCCAUCCUGGUCUUCUCCGAUUCCCGCGACUACGCUACCGAUCUUCAGAUCAUCAUGGAUCUCCUGCAAUCCGACGAGGGUGUCCUCGGCACCAAGACCAAGGACCCAACCAAGCAGAGCAUCCCCAUCUAUUUCUCUCAAGGCGAUCUCCUCUGCCCAACGGAGCACCCCACUCCCCGCAUGUCCCAAGGAACCUUCCGUAUCGGUCUGGAGGCCAUCUACAAGGCCGUGACGGGCCACGAGCUCGAGCGUAUCGUGUACGGCAAGCCCGAGACGGCGACCUACAAGUACGCCGACGAAGUCAUGACCUCGUGGAUGGACACGAUCCACGGCGAGGAGAGACUGCCCGAGAACAUCUACAUGAUCGGGGACAACCCUCAGUCGGAUAUCAUCGGUGGCAACAAGUACGGGUGGAACACGUGUCUCGUGCGGACGGGCGUCUUCCAGGGCGGGGCGAACGACGAGACGAACCCGGCGAACUUUGGUGUCUUCACGAACGUCCUGGAGGCUGUCAAGGCCGCGAUCCGCAAGGAGCUGGGCGACGACUUCAAGUUCGAGUGGAAUGAUAGCAUGAACCCUGUGACGGCGGGACACUCGAUCUCUGCCAUCGAAUAG